AUGUCGCCAGAUGGAUCUCUCUUCCCAAACGUAGCUGAAUUUUUCCAAUAUUUACCUUUUACAGGAGAAACCAAUUCCACGAUGUCAAACAACAAACCUGCUCCCAUUAUAGUUCGACCUUUUCCUGACAUUCAAACCUAUAUAGGCGUUCGCUUUCAACAUACAAUUCCUAUCAAUCCUUCUUACAUAGUAUCGCCUAAUGGUGAAGACACUGAUAAACUACUUUUAUCAGCAAAGUUUGACCCAUCAAGCGCAGAGAAAUGGGUUCA